AGGGGGUUGUCGGGAUGGGGGCGGGAGCCAACAUGGAGCCCUCAGUGGGAUGAGGGUGAAAGUGCCAUUGCCGGCUACUCCUGUUUUCCCGCCCCAGCAUGCUGGUGCAUUUAUUUCGGGUCGGGAUUCGGGGUGGCCCAGUCCCAGGCAGGCCGCUACUGCCCCUCCGCUUCCAGACAUUCUCAGCUGCCAGGUACUCCAAUGGCUCCCGCAGCUUCUCCCUCCCCCGGGCCGUGGCCCACCUGCGGUCCCAGCUCUGGGCCCACCUUCGAGCCCCGCUAGCUCCCAGAUGGAGGCCCUCUGCUUGGUGCUGGGUUGGGGGAGCCCUGCUAGGCCCCGUAUUGCUGAGUAAGCGUCCCCGCCUCUGCCUUGUGGCCCUGUGUGAGGCAGAAGAGGCCCUUCCUGCCAGCUCCACACCCCGAGUCGUGGGAUCACGCUUUAACUGGAAGCUCUUCUGGCAGUUUCUGCGCCCCCACCUGCUGGUCCUGGGGGUAGCUGUCGUGCUGGCCUUGGGUGCGGCACUGGUGAACGUACAGAUCCCCCUGCUUUUGGGCCAGCUGGUAGAGAUCGUGGCCAAGUACACGAGGGACCACGGGGGGAGUUUCAUGACUGAGUCCCGGAAUCUCAGCACCCACCUGCUUAUCCUCUACGGUGUCCAGGGACUGCUGACCUUCGGUUACCUGGUGCUGCUGUCACACAUCGGCGAGCGCAUGGCGGUGGACAUGCGGAGGGCCCUCUUCAGCUCCCUGCUCCGACAAGACAUCGCCUUCUUUGACGCCAAUAAGACAGGGCAGCUGGUGAGCCGCUUGACAACUGACGUGCAGGAGUUUAAGUCAUCCUUCAAGCUUGUCAUCUCCCAGGGGCUUCGAAGCUGCACCCAGGUGGCAGGCUGCCUGGUGUCCCUGUCCAUGCUGUCUCCACGCCUCACACUGCUGCUGAUGGUGGCCACACCAGCCCUGAUGGGAGUGGGCACCCUGAUGGGCUCAGGCCUCCGAAAACUGUCUCGCCAGUGUCAGGAGCAGAUUGCCAGGGCAAUGGGCGUAGCGGAUGAGGCCCUGGGCAACGUUCGGACUGUGCGCGCCUUCGCCAUGGAGCCAUGGGAAGAGGAGCGCUACGGGGCAGAACUGGAAGCCUGCCGCUCCCGGGCAGAGGAGCUGGGCCGGGGCAUCGCCUUGUUCCAAGGGCUUUCUAACAUCGCCUUCAACUGUGUGGUCUUGGGCACCCUGUUUAUUGGGGGCUCCCUUGUGGCCGGACAGCAGCUGACAGGGGGAGACCUCAUGUCCUUCCUGGUGGCCUCCCAGACAGUGCAAAGGUCCAUGGCCAACCUCUCCAUCCUGUUUGGUCAGGUGGUCCGGGGGCUGAGCGCAGGCGCCCGGGUCUUUGAGUACAUGGCCCUGAGCCCCUGCAUCCCGCUGUCUGGGGGCUGCUGCAUCCCCAAAGAGCACCUGCGUGGCACCGUCACAUUUCACAACGUCUGCUUCAGCUACCCCUGCCGCCCCGGCUUCGAGGUGCUGAAAGACUUCACCCUGACGCUGCCCCCUGGCAAGAUCGUGGCCCUCGUGGGCCAGUCUGGGGGAGGAAAGACCACCGUGGCUUCCCUGCUGGAGCGCUUCUACGACCCCACGGCAGGCGUGGUGAUGCUGGAUGGGCGGGACCUGCGCACCCUUGACCCCUCCUGGCUCCGGGGCCAGGUCAUUGGCUUCAUCAGCCAGGAGCCGGUCCUGUUUGGGACAACCAUCAUGGAGAACAUCCGCUUUGGGAAGCCGGGAGCUUCCGAUGAAGAGGUGUAUGCAGCUGCCCGGGAGGCCAAUGCCCACGAGUUCAUCACCAGCUUCCCCGAGGGCUACAACACGGUUGUCGGUGAGAGGGGCACUACCCUGUCUGGGGGCCAGAAGCAGCGCCUGGCCAUCGCCCGAGCCCUCAUCAAGCAGCCCACGGUACUGAUACUGGACGAAGCCACCAGCGCACUGGAUGCGGAGUCUGAGCGGGUUGUGCAGGAGGCCCUGGACCGGGCCAGUGCAGGCCGCACGGUGCUGGUCAUAGCUCACCGGCUCAGCACCGUCCGUGGGGCCCACCGCAUCAUCGUCAUGGCCGAUGGCUGCGUCUGGGAGGCUGGGACCCAUGAAGAGCUCCUGAAGAAGGGCGGGCUGUACGCUGAGCUUAUCCGGAGGCAGGCCCUGGACACCCCAAAGAUGGCGGCCCCACCACCCAGGAAGCCAGAAGACCCCGGAAGCUCCCAGCGCAAGUCCUGAGAAGAGCCCCCAGAGGUGUGGUUGCUGCCAAGCGUCGGUGCUACAGCUGGGGCUCAGUCUGGGGGGAACGUACUAGGGACUGAGCCCCCAGGAGGGCCAGCAUGUGGAGAGUCACUGUGGCCGCUCCUGCUUACAAUAAAGCCGGGGCGGGCCGAGCGGCUGGCAGGGGAGGCCCAACCCUCACUUCCAUCCCAAGUCCUGCCGGCUGCCUCCCUCCCACCAGAGUCCACCAGAGUCACUGGGCUGCACGUGGGCAGAGGCAGAGUUCCGCAAGGCACCUCCACUCUUCUCUCCCUUUGCCCAGACCCCUCCAGACCUCUCAGAGACGCCCUGCCCAGUCUCCCCACCCGACCCAACAGCCUCAAGUUGGCCAGGCCUGCAGCGCCAGGGAGUUUUUAAAAAACAGGGUCCGACAUGGGCUGGGAAUUCAAACCUAGGCUCUUCCCACACCCUUGCCAGGACCUCACUUCCCUAGACUGACUGCCUCACUGGACCCUGGGAAAAGGAGCCUAUCCCCUGGCUCACCCCAGAACCCACAGUCCCCAUCUUCCAAACAACCUCCCUCCCUUCUCCCUGAACGGGGAAUAUAGUCCUGAUGUCUAGAUUUCGCCUCCCCUUCCUACCCCUGAGGGACACAGGCCUAACCGGGCCCAACUCUUGGGUCAGGAUAGGAGGGAGUAAGCACCAGCCUGCCUGGCUGUCUUCCGCUGGCCCUGCCCUGUGUGACUGGAGUCUUUGACCCACUGAGAUGGUGGACCCGCCUCCUUCUACACCAAGGACACCCAGCUCUGAAGGAGAUAGGAUAGGCUGCUGCCCACCUGGAGCUCUCGGCUUCCUGCCCACAGUGCUGAUGAGUACAGAGCUCAAUGGAGCAGCUAUUGCAGAAUCCAGUACAGAACUGGUCCAGGAGAGUACGGCUGUGGACAGGCCAGUCUCCACAGCAAGGUCUGGGAGGCACACCUUAAAAGGGGAAGGCAGACAGCCUGAGUGACAGGCGCCUGUGGCCCUGAGACUGUGGAUGAGGGCUAGGCUCUACCUGGCUUCAGAGAGGCCUGGAAAAGCACACAGGUAGGGCCUUAGCUGAACUGGUGCCCCAGGACCUCAUGCCCCUGCCCUGCUGCGGAUGCACUGGCCCUCCCCACCUCCUCGCUGCCGUCACUUCCUGCUGGGAUCCUUUUCCCCUCCAGCCACAUCAAGGCUGUGGGACUAUACGGGGCCCUGCUCCCCUGAGCAGGGGAAGAGGGGGUGCCUGCCCUGUACCUUCACAGUCAGCCAGGCAUUCUGGAUUUAUCUGUGCAAAGAAAGGCAGUCAGUGCCCUCUUUCAGGGGUGGUGGCAGUUUGCUGAUGGAACAGCCGGUGCUGGGGAGGCCAGCCUGGAAGAGGCAGCAAGUGGCUCAAGUUUGUGUGCAGGAGCCAGAGUGGGACCCACAGGCUCUUGUGGGUGUAUGGUUUAGAACUAGGUGCUACUGUGGGGACAAGCCAUCCAAAAACCCCAGGCCCACAUCCACCCUGAUUUGAUAUCCCACUUCCUGACAGAUCAGAGGCUGGAGGCCCAGAAGCAGAGCCUGGGGCUGGCUCCCGGCUGCUUCGCAGCUAAACCCCUCCCUAGGGCAGCCCAGAGCAGGCCUCAGCUUCCUGGCAAGUCCGUGAGCCCUGCCUGGGGGCCCUGCUUGUUGGCCUGACCCCUCCCAUACCAGGCAGCCAGCCAGCCAAGGCCUGCUUCACCCCCUCAGUCACCAGCCUCAGGUUGCCCAAGACGCCUCUGACACCAGAUUCUGAGGCUCUCCUUACAUCUGGGCAGCUUCUUCAAAUCCAGCCCUCCACUAGCCCACUAAAGGAGCAGUUAAACCCCACAGCUAGUCCAGCUGGAAGAGCUAGAUUGCAAGAGCCAUGCCAUCUGCCUAACCUCGCCUCAGCCUUGGCUCCACAGUGGAGAGCCGGAGCCUAGCAGUGCUUGAUGGGGAAUGCCUGUUUUGAGAGUGUAUGUGGGAUAAUCUACAGUAAAAUACUUGCAAAG